AUGGGGCCGGCCAGGCGCCAGUUCCAAGCUCUGCUUUGGAAGAAUUGGCUCUGCAGACUCAGGCACCCGGUCCUCUCCCUUGCUGAAUUCUUCUGGCCAUGUAUCCUGUUCAUGAUUCUAACAGUGCUUCGUUUUCAAGAACCUCCCAGACAUAGAGACACCUGUUAUCUGCAGCCCCGAGACCUGCCAAGCAGAGGUGUCUUUCCCUUUGUUCAAAGUCUGCUUUGCAACACUGGAUCAAGAUGCAGUAACAUCAGCUACCUAGAGUCCAUGGAGCACCGUUUCCGGUCACCUUCAUUCCAGACUGCAGAUGGCCACCCCAAGAAGGUCAGUGACUUAGCCUUCUUAAAAGAGAUCCAGGACCUUGCUGAGGGCAUCUACAGAAUGAUGGAUAAGGCACAUCACUUACAAAAUCUUUGGGCAGAAAAAUCCAAGGUUCCAGAUUCUCCUGGUGGUUCCAACUUCUUAACAAUGGAUCUCAAUCAAACGGAGGAGGUGCUAUUGACACUGGAAAACCUCCACCAGCAGCCUCACAUCUGGAAUUUUCUACUUUUAUUGCCAAAGCUACUUGCAAAUAAGACUCAUAUUGAAGCUGGUGUCGAGGGUGGAGUACACCUUCUCCAAGCAGUGGUGAAUUCCCUAACAUCACUAGAAGAUUUGGACUGGCUGCCUCUCAGCCACACUUUUUCCAGGAUUUAUGAACUCAUGCUAAAUGCGACCAUUUCGACACUGACCUUUCUGCAACAACAUGGGGUCGCAGCAGCCACUGAGUCAGGAUACAACCUGUCCCUGUACAAUAUGGUAUGGGAUCCACAGAAGGUUCAAGCUGACCUGGUGUCUCAAUUUGGCCUUGACAACCUCCAUGCAGAACAAAUUAUGAAUUACUCAAUGAAACUACAGGAGAUUCCCACGGUCAGUUCAUUGGAGCAGAUGGUGUGUUCCUUGUUGUCCCAUAUGGUUGAGGAUGAAGCUGACAGGGAGGGCCACUUUGGUGAAUGUUAUCCCAGGUGGUCAGAGGCGCAAAGCUACCUGGUCCAUGCUGUCAGUUGGUGGCAAGUCUACAGACAGGUGUUCCAUCAGUGGCAAAAGAGUAGCCUGGUCCAGAUGGUACUAGCAGCGACUGGACAUGGUCUGCAGGCUAUAAUGGACAAAUAUGAGGAAAGCCAGUCAUGGAAGUUGCUGGAAAUUUUGCACACUGGUCUUCUCCUUCUGAGUGAUAGUUUGGCAUCAGAUGACCCCAAAGGCAACCAUACCUCUCCAAAGAUAUUAUUCCACCUCCAGAAACUGCAGAGUGUUCUUCAAAGUCUACCCCAGUGGCCCAUGCUGAAGAGAGAGCUUCAGCUCAGUGGAACCCUGAGAAAUGUGAUUGCCCAGGAUUUACAUUUUCUUCAAGAAGUCUUCAUUCCCCUGAAAACUUCAGUAAAGGACCCUGGACUUGACCAGAUGGGACUGGAAAUAGAUGUGUUCUUUGGGAUGUUAAAGCAGCUGUUGAUGAAGAAUGCUACUGAUGUGUGUCUAAGUGGGUGCUGGUCUGAGAGGGAGGCCUUCCUGAGCCCUGGGAACUUCAGUGAACAGGAGGAAGACCUUUGGAAGCUCUUGUGUCUGCACAACUCCUCCAGUAGUUUAAUCAAGCGACUUGAUUUAGUAAAAGAUGCUCAUUGUCUUUUGCAAGAGGUCAUCACUGACCACACAAAUAUGACCGUCUCAAUCCCUGAAGAAUACCUGGGCUGGGAGGAGCUGCAGAAGCAGUUGUUGGAAGUGAGCCUUUCUUGCUCUCAGCUCGCGAGGUCCUUGGGAGUAGAUGUCUCACCUGGGGAUGCUGCAUUAUCUGGUGCCUGUAGGGACUUUCUUGUCUCCACAUUAAUAUUUCACACAUUCAAAAGAACACAGCCAUCCUUGGAACAAACGCUCUAUUGGAAUGUAUUCAUAGACUUUAUCAGGAAGACUUGUGAAGUGGCUCGAUAUGCAAAUGUGCAAAGUAGUUUCCCUCUGAGUCCCUUUGCUUUGCCUGAAGAAUCUCCCUGUGAUGAAGAAAGCAUAGACUGGAAGUUCAUCAUGGAUAACUACUUUUCAGUUUUGAGAAACUUAUUCAAGUCUCCAAGAGAGACUAUAUCAAGGGUUUUACAUUCUACAAAGGAACUUCUAGUGAUGGAAAAGAAUUCAAAUUCUCUUGAAGUUGACCAAAGAAACUUUCUUUUAUCAUUUGUGAACUUCUGGGAGAAAUUAUUACAACCUGAUCCUUUAAAUUCAACCAAUGUGUCAAAAUUCCAAAACUUGCCAUCUCUUAGGGGGACUAUUCUGAACACAAGUUACUUGUGGAUGAAUCAGUUUAUUAGUUUGGAGAAAGACUCAUCUACUGAUAUUCAGAAACUUUUUGAAUUUGGUGAAAAGAUUAUCAGAAAAAUACAGACUCUUGAAAAUCUCUGGUUAAAAAAGGAAUCAAUAAACAUUUUGAGAUUUCUGGAACUAAUGCUUUUUGAAAUUAACCCUAAGCUGCUGGAAUUGUGGAUGUAUGGCAUUUCAGAUGGGGAGAAAGCUCAACUGGAAACCUUGUCUUCACUUUUAAAUUUUUCUGUUCCAGAAAAUGAGAGGAUUCAUAGUCAAAGCUUUAACUUUUCUCAGUUGUUCCAUUCAGAUUUGCCCAAACCACCAUCUGUGAAGAUGGAUUUUGUACAUUUAAGCAAAACUAUAAUAAAUAGUCUCUAUGAACUUGGAUUUCUGAAGGAGGAGCAAGUCUCAGAAGCUCUGGACACAAUCUAUGCCAUAAAGAAUUUAUCACACAUUUUUUCAGCCCUUUCUGAAGCUCAAAAAGAAGAAGUUCAGAAAUUUUUGACCCACAUAUAUCUAAAUGUUUUCCAGGACAAAGAUGCAGCCUUACUUUUGAAGAUUUAUUCUACAUUUUACCAACAUAUUUAUAGAUUUUUGAGCCUUCAGUAUAGACAGCCUUUGCUUUCUUUCGUUACACAAAUCUCAAAGCACAUUUUGAAUAUUAUAAAGCAAUUUAAUUUUCAAAGUAUUGGCAGAGCAUUUGCAUUUUUACACGAGUCAGCAGGGCUUCUUGGGGGAAUUUCUGAAGUGUCUUACUGUCAGCAAUUGCUUUCGAUGUUUAACUUUUUGGAACAUCAAGCCCAGUCCCUGAUGUCUAGAGAGAGUCCAGAAUUGGAAGUGAUCCAUGCGACUCUGACAGGCCUCAAACAACUGCUCCAAGUAGAUGGAGAUUUUCAUGUUUCUUUACUUCAGUAUAUGAGCCAACUCUUCAACGGUUCAGAAGACUCCCUGUUGGGUAAUGAGUGUUUUGCUUUGGAUAGUGAAAAUGUCUCAUCUGUAAAUUAUCCCAUAAACCAGGCAUCUUCAUUCAUGCUUCCAUGGACACAGAUCUUUUCCAACCUCUCAGGAAAUGUGAGUAUGUUCAACGAGUUCAUGGCCAUUCACUGUACUGUUUCAUGGCUUCAGAUGUGGACAGACAUUUGGGAUAGCACAUCUCAAAUAUUUAAGUUAGACAUGGAUAUCUUCCCUCCUCUUCGUGUUGGCCUCAAACAACUUCUGGAUGAAUUGGAAAGUGAUGUGAAGAUUUCUAAGAGCUGCCAGGAAAUGUUUCCUACCUACCACCUUGCUAGACUUCUAUUAAGUUUAUUUAAAAAUGUGACUCAAGCUGAUGGAUUUUCUAACUGGGAUGAUUUUCUGAAGCUCAGGGAUCUCUUGGUAGCAUUAGGUGACUCAUUCAUUACAAUUAAGUCACUUAGUUGGGAUCAAGUAGAGAAAUCCCUUUUCACCUUGGAAACUUCCCUGAAUCAACUAAAAGCAUUACCAUUAAACACAAAUGUAAGCAGGGAAGUUUUCUAUGCUCUGCUUGGCAUUUUCACUGAGUUAAGCAACACCUCUGAAUAUUUGGACAGAUAUGCACAUUUGAUAAAUCACUUUCUCUCAACUAACCUCACGGAUUAUGGUGUACUGUUUGAAAGCAUGAUCACAGAGCUAAGGGAAAGAGUAUUAUUUCUUAGAAAUGUGUCACACAACCAAGAUUUAUUAUCCUGCAUAGGUAUUUUCCAAAAUGUGACUGAGUUUAUUUUGGAAGAUGGCUUACUAGAUGUAAAUACAUCCCAGAGGACAUUAAAUAUUCUGUCCAUGUUAAAUUCCACAUUCUCCUCUGAGGAAACUCUUAGCAGACUGAAAAGAUGUAGUGCCUGGGUAGACAUCAUAAACCAUUUGUAUGUGAUGUAUAACUUGAGUUUUUCACAAGGCCAUCCUCAGGGCAUUUUGAAGAGUUUCAAAGAUGUGGAAUACCAAAUUAAUUCUACACUGAAAUUUGCCACUUGGAUGUUAAAUAUAAAAGAACCCCAGUGUUUGUCAAAUGUGUCAAAUGUAGAUUGUGUGAAUGUUUACUUGAAACAUGUAAGUGAUCUUCUAAAUGUCAUACUAACUGAAGUGUUUCAAAAGGAAACAGUACCCAAAUUUGAGAUUUUAUUAACUCUUUUAAAUGACUCCACAAACCAAGUAAGGAUGAUUAUCAACAACUUAGCAAAAGACUUUGACUAUGCAACUCAAUCCAAUUGGAAACAUUUCAUGGAAUUAAUUCUAAGACCCACAGAAACAUCAGAUAAAAUUCCUAGCCAAUUUAAAAAUAUCUGGUUGCACUCUGUAGCUCUGGGAAAGGAAAUCCAAAAGCUGGUGAGAGAUAUAACCUUCACCAUCAUGGAAAAUAACACCUUCCCCCAAAUUGAAAAGUUUUUAAAUAUAUUUACUACUAACCCAAAGGCAAAAGAUGUAAACAGAUUAGGUGAUUCCCUUUAUCAUUUAGCUAGUUACCUGGCCUUUAAUUUACCUCGUGAUUUAAACAAUUCAUCCCAAAAAGUUCCACAUGAAGUAAUGAAAGCUGUAGACCUUAGUAUUCUACUGGCGAGGGAUAUAUUCAGCUCUUUAAUGCCCUCAGUUCAUCAGAAUAUUCCACCAAAUUCAGAUAAUGCUCACAUGUUAAAGAAGGUAGUUUCAUUCUUGCACUCUUUCAGGAAGCCAGAUAUUGACUUGUUAGUAGAUCAACUUGAACACAUUAGUGAAAGUCUUGUGGAUUUCUUCAAGAAUAUCAGUAGAUCAGACACUGGCAGUGAGGGAAUCAACUUGCUUGUGGGUUUGAUGGAAACAUUUGUGGAUAGUUCACAUUCUUGGAACGUGAACCAUUUGCUCAAGCUGUCACGCCUGUUCCCUAAGCAUGACGUGGACUCUGUAGUUGAUGUGUACUAUAUGCUUCCUCAUGCUGUAAGGCUCCUGCAGAGAGUCCUUGAUAAGAACAUCACAGAAGUCCUCAGAGAUAUCUAUAACUUCACACUUCUUCAUGGCAUAAGCAUUUUAAAUGUCACCAAGGAAGACUUUGCUACUGUGAUAAAAGCUCUUCUGGACAUCAUUGAAUUAGUCUCAGACCAACCAGGCAUUGUUUCAAAGGCUUUGACUUGCCUUCCUGUGGUUUGGUGCUGGAAUCACACAACGUCUGGAUUUCAGCAGAAUCCGAAGUUAGAAGCCUGCAAGAUUCAAGAGCUCUUGUCUUCUUCUUUUUACAGCCAAGUGGCCACUAUAUUUGAUCACCUCCACCUUUCUCCUCCAGGAAAUGAGGCAUUAUGUUCAAAUCAAAGCUCACAGUUGGAAAUAACUAAGAAAAUGGCCUGUAUCAUUCAUGAGUUAGUAGACUGGAAUUCCAUUCUACUAGAGCUGUCUGAUGUCUUCCAUGUUAAAAUUUUUUUCUUGAAAACCAUGCAAGAAUUUUGGGAUAAGGUGCUACCAUUUGUCCAGUCUUUUGAAAAAGAAAGCAACGGCAAUAUCACAGAACUUUGCCCCACUACAUUUAUAAAGCACAUUGUGUUGCAAAUCACAGGGAAAUUAAAAAAUGUCAACUUUACAGAGGUUGCAUUAGGUGAAGACAUUCUUGAUAUAUUAGGUAAUUUAAACAAGAUCUUGAACAUUAAUGAAGGCUCAGAUGCAUCUGUUCAAAAAAGUACUUCCUUAAAUUUAGGAAGGAUAAUAAAAUUGUUUUCUGGGGAUCAGAGUCUAGAAAACAGUACUCAUUCUCUAGUGUCCUCAUUCAUGAUGCUUCUAAGUGACAGUCUUACAGAGAGUAGUUUAGAAGAAGCACAAUCAAAUUUUAUUAAAAGUGAAGAAUCUUACAACUUUGGAGACAUUUUGUCUGAGUUUGAGCAGACCAUGAGAGACUUAGUGCCAACCUCAGAAUUUGAUGAGGAGAUUCACAUGAUUAACUCAUCAGCUCUUCAAAAUAUAACUUUACUUGUUUUAGAAAGUGUGGCUCCAUCAUCACUGAAGACAUUAGAAAUUAUUGACAAUUUUCUACUGGCCAUGAAAACCUGGCUUCACAAAUAUUCAAAUGAAGAUCCUUCCAAAAUGAUACAAACGUUAUUUCUCCUUAAGACCAAUGGAAAUUCAACUGGUGAGGUAGCUUUGUUAAUUAAAGAUAUCACUACCUUUUUGGGUUAUCUCAAAAACAUUUCAAAAGAAGAUAAUUUUGGUGGUACUCUUCUUUCUCAUCUGCUAAACCAAGAAAAACUUACUAACAUCUCAGUUGUCCAGUUGCUUUUUGAAAACCUUCUAAUUAAUUCACUCAGUAACUUAUCUGAGAGUUCUCAAGAAGCCACCUUAAUUGUGAAUGACACUGGCCUUCAAAUAGUGCAUUUUAUUAACCACACCUUGAACCUCAUACAACCAGAAAAUGGCAAGAGAAUGAUUCUUCCUCCAAGAAGUAUACUGAGUUUUGUUGAACAAUUUUUAAAAGUCUUCUCUUAUUUACUAAAUGAAGACUCUGAGAACAAACUAUCAUUUCUGUUUAAAAUCUUCCACAAAGAUAUCAUUGGGGAGAUGAGCUUCGCCCCUAAGGAUAAAAUUCUAGAACUUCUGAAGCUGGAUCAAUUUCUUGCCUUUAUGAAAGAAGACAGACUGAUGAGCAUUUUCUUAAGUUUAAAGAAGAUUGUAAGUCAUCUAAACAAAAGUUCAUUUUUAAUAGACAAUGGACAGGCUCAUUUUGAUAAUAAUCGAGGGCUGAGGGCCAUGUGGGAUUUAUUUAAUGUUCUUCUAGUGGAAACCUCAAUGAAAAAUACAACUGAGAACAAUCUUCUUAUGGGGCUUAAUCAGCUGCUUUUCUACAUGAAUAGUUCUGAGGACCUCGUUGAACUCAAUCAAAACCUUAGGUCAGCUCUUCACCUGAUGAGAGAGAUUACAGUAGAGAUAGCAAGUCUGAUGGAUACUCUUUUAAACUCUCCCAGCAAGGAUUUCCCUGCCAUGUAUCCUGCACUCCAGGAAGUUAUUCUUGCUAAUCUAACAGACUUGCUUUCUAUUACAAAUAACUUAUUUCCUCUGCGAGACAGAGCCACAUUAGAUAUUACAAAGAGAUUCCUUGGGAUCCUCUCAAGUGUUGAUGGAGACAGAGAUGUCCUGAAACUGCUGUUGGAAUUGUCUAACACUCUGGUUAUGUUGGUGAGUGACAGUGCAGAGAUGAGACAGCUCACCACGUUGGUUAACUCCACUGUGGGACUUCUUCAGCUUGCCAACAGAGUUGCCAGGGAGGUGGCCAUGGCUGCUCAGAUCCACUCUGUCUGCAGCACUAAUGAUACUAUACGGUUCUUUGACACUCUUUAUUCCAUUUUGCAUCAAAGUGUUCAAUGUGCUGUCAAUAAAACAGCCACUCUGAAAAAAGGAGAUCAUUCACUACUUGACAAUAUGGAUAGCUUGUUGAUACCAUUUCUUGACUUGGCCUUUGGGAUGACAGGAGUCAAAGCUAAUAUUUCCCAAGACUAUGGUGUUCUCAGUAUGUCAUCUAACAUACUCUGAGAUGUCAAUCAAUCCAAGGCUUUUUCUGAUAUUUUCAAAGAAGUGGCUGAAUUUUUAAGUUCUGUGAAAAUCAGUUUGAAUGAUGUAGAACAUGUUGUGGCAGCAUUGAACAAUGGGAAUUAACUCUUUACUGUGGAUUCUGUCAGUUUAUGGGAAGAAAUCCUGGGUUGUUUAGUUCCUAUAAAUAAUAUCACUAACCAGAUAGACUUGUUAUUUUCUAAUCCAAUUACUGUUGAUGGUGUCCCUCAAGAUAUAAAAUGGGAAAGAAGUCAGGAAGUAGUCUUGUUUUUAGAUAAAAUGUUAUCUCAAAGCAGCACAGAGUUUGGAACUUUCUUGAAAACAAUGGUUCACCUCACCUUAGAAGCCCUGUGGAAUAAUUUAGAGAAGGAGGACGGGGAUCUUUUUAAUCUGUUGCUGUCAUUUGCUCGUCAUCCAAAUAACCUUUUGAAAGCAAUAACAGUAAUAGCAGAGGUCUCCAGUGGGAUUAGAAAUGACUACACGGGUGAUUUGAGUAGAGCUUUUUUUUUCAAUACCUCUUUGAUUCAGAAUGCAACCCGCCAACAACUUGAAGAGGCAAUGCAGCUUGCCUUAAGUAAAGCAGUCCUCUUGAGAAAAGAGCUUCUCCUAAACAACUCUCAGUGGAUAAGUUCCAUGAGAACUUUGCUUCAGCCUGUUUUUGAAAUUUUUGUUAACGCAACUACUGGAGAAAAUAUCACAUCAGUAAAAGAAGAGAGGAUCAAGAAGAAGAAGAUUGAUUUUCCUUACAACUUCAAACCUUUAUCAUGUUUCCAGAAAUACCUGAAGGAGUUAAUUACAUUGGCUGAAUACUGGCAAAAAGUCCCACUGACAGAUCAAAGUGUCACCAUGAUGUGUCAGGCUUUUCAGCACCCUCUGAAGUUUCCAGGAGUCUUCGUGACUCUGCAGAAAGUGCAGGUGCUGGUUCUGCAUAUGCUCAUCAUCUUUGCAGAAAACCCUGACUGGAUCAAGGAUGUUCUGUGUGCUGCUCUGAGUUGCCAGCAAGGUGGGAUAAGGCACUUCAUUUUGCCUGCUCUCCAAGGGGUCACUUUGGUGUCUGACCACUACGAGGAAAUGGAAAAGAUAUGGUUUUCACCCCAGCAGCUGAACUGUGUAGGUCUUAGCAGGAAUCUUUCUAGCACCUUGGACAGCUUCAAAAGCAAGUUGGAAAAUGCCACCAACAAGGACUGUGAAUGCCAGCCCUCGAUAGACAUGACUCAGCUGCCUUUGCACAUGUUGGCCCAGAGCCUCAGGAAGACUUUGUUGUCUAGGAAUCCCAUGAUGGCUUUUCUGAACAAUUUCACAGUAACGGAAGAUGUAAAAGUGAAGGAUUUGAUGAAGAACGUCUCCAAAUUAACAGAAGAGCUUCACUCUUCCACCCAUAUCUCCAAGGAAACCAUCAAUAGUAUUUUGGAAGCCAAUGUUUCACAUUCAAAGGUUCUCAUGAGUGUCCUCACCAUAGCCUUGUCUGGAAGGUGUGACCGGGACAUGCUUCGUCUCCUGUUGGAGUUUCCUGAGGAUGAAACCUCUUGGUUAGCCAUGAAUGAGCUCUGCAGCCUGCCUGCUCCCCAAGUGUAUGCUUUGGUGGUGUCUCUGAGUCAAAACUUGAACCUGCGGACUGUCGUUUACAAAGCACUGAUACCUUCGGAAGCCAGUGACAUCCUCCACUCCCUGUUGGACCUUGUUUCCAGCCUCCGCCAGCUGCUUUUGAAGGCCAGCCAUGUGCUGGAGUAUCUGCCUGAAUUUCUGCAGGCUUUUCAAAUCACUCCCUUGCUAGAUGUACCAGACUUCCAACCGACUCUGCAAGAUGGGCAGUCUAGAAGUUCAGCCUUUGCUUCAUUUCAGUCUGUCAUGAAAAUGAUCUGCAAGGAUCAAGCAUCUUUCCUUAGCAACUCUAACACAUUUAUUGACUUGCCUAGAGUGAAUGAACUCUUGGAAGAUGACAAAGAAAAAUUCAACAUUCCUGAAGACUCAACACCAUUUUGCUUGAAGCUUUAUCAGGAAAUCCUGAAGUUUCCAAGUGGUGCUUUGGUGUGGUCCUUUCUGAAGCCUGUAUUACACGGAAAAAUACUGUACACACCAAACACUCCUGAGAUUAAUAAGGUCAUCCAAAAGGCUAAUUACACCUUUAAUUUUGUGGACACACUGAAAAGUGUAUCAGAAACACUGUUGAAAAUGUCCAGUGUCUUUCAGAGGAAUGGGAAUGACCAGAUGCUCAACCAGCUGCAGGAAGUGCUGAGGAACAAAUUUAUAAGAAAUUAUAUAGAGAGCCAGCUACACAUGGAUGUCGAUAAACUGAUGGAAAAGCUUCAGAGUUAUGGAGAGAUGCUGCACAAGAUGCUCAACCAAACAGGGGCAGGUCGCAUCCAGUUCCUGGGCCACAUCCUGGUCAAUCUCUCUUCCUGUGUGGUGCUGAACCGUUUCCAGGCCAUGGAAUCAGCUGCUGCGCUGGAGUUGAAAGCAUAUGAACUCAUGCAGCAGAAUGAUUUUCUGGCCAGCAUCAUCUUCAGCAAUACUUCCUCCAGCAAGAACCUCACAUCAAAGUCUCUCCAGCUGCCACACCACAUCACUUAUACCAUCCGGACCAGCGUCUUAUACAGCAUGAGGACAGACCUGGUGAAAAAUCCUUUUUGGAAGUUCCAUCCUCAGAGCCUCCCAGCUGAUGGGUUCAAGUAUAACUACAUCUUUGUCCCACUUCAAGACAUGAUGGAGAGAGCUAUCAUCCAGGUGCAGACCGGGCAGGAGGUUAUGGAACCAUCCACACAGGCCCAGGCAAUUCCAUAUCCCUGUCACACCAAUGACUUAUUCUUGAACAAUGUUGGAUUCUUCUUCCCCCUGAUAAUGAUGUUGACAUGGAUGGUGUCUGUGGCCAGUAUGGUCCGAAAGCUGGUUUAUGAACGGGAGAUUCAGAUAGAAGAGUAUAUGAGGAUGAUGGGAGUGCACCCAACCAUCCACUUCCUUGCCUGGUUCCUGGAGAAUAUGGCUGCCUUGACCUUGAGUAGUGCUACCCUGGCCAUCAUUCUGAAAACAAGUGGCAUCUUUGCACACAGCAAUGCCUUGAUUAUUUUCCUCUUUUUUCUCAAUUUCGGGGUGUCCAUCAUCACGUUGAGUUACUUCUUGAGUGCGUUCUUCCAUCAAGCAAACACAGCAGCCCUUUGUACGAGUCUGAUGUAUAUGAUCAGCUUUUUGCCUUAUAUUGUCUUGUUGGUUCUACGUAACCAGAUAAGUGUUGUCAUCCAGACAUUUCUGUGCCUCCUUUCAACCACUGCCUUUGGACAAGGAGUAUUUUUUGUUACAUUCCUAGAAGGGCAAGAGACAGGGAUUCAGUGGAAUAAUAUGUACCAGGCUCCAGAACAAGUGGGCAUGACAUUUGGCUGGGUUUGCUGGAUGAUUCUGUUUGAUUCAGGCCUUUAUUUUUUGUGUGGAUGGUACCUCAGUAACUUGGCUCCAGGAACAUUUGGGUUAAGGAAACCAUGGUAUUUCCCCUUCACUAUGUCCUAUUGGAGGAGUGUAUGCGGUUUGAUGGAGAAAAGGCCACGCGCUCUAAGCUCCGAUCUGUUCUUCAAUGAGAAAGUUGGCAACAAAGGCUUAUCAUUGCAAAACGGAGCAGGAAAACUUGAAGAGGGUCCCUCAGGCGUUGCACUGGUGUCUGUGACCAAGGAGUAUAAACAUCAUACAGCUGUCCAGGACCUCACUGUUACCUUCCACAGAGACCAGAUCACUGCUCUGCUGGGCACCAAUGGUGCCGGGAAGACCACUGUUAUAUCCAUGUUGACAGGACUCUACCCUCCGACUUCUGGAACCAUCAUCAUUAAUGGCAGAAACCUGCAGACAGAUUUGUCCACCAUCAGAAUGGAGCUGGGGGUGUGUCCUCAACGGGAUGUCCUGUUUGACAACCUCACUGUCUUGGAACACCUGCUACUCUUUGCUUCCAUAAAGGCGCCUCAGUGGACCCUGCAGGAGUUACAGCAGCAAGUCAACAAGACUCUGUGGGAUGUGGGGCUGACGCCACACCAGCACAAGCAGACCUGUGCCCUCUCUGGGGGCAUGAAGAGGAAGCUGUCCAUAGGCAUUGCUUUCAUCGGCAGGGCGAGGACCGUAGUUCUGGAUGAGCCCACCAGUGGGGUGGACCCUUGCUCCCGCCGUAGCAUCUGGGACAUUCUCCUCAAGUACCGAGAAGGGAGGACAGUCAUCUUCAGCACCCACCACCUGGAUGAGGCAGAGGCACUGAGUGAUCGUGUGGCAGUGCUGCAACGGGGCCGGCUCCGGUGCUGUGGACCCCCACUUGGCCUGAGGGAGGCACACGGCUGGGGCCUGAGCCUGACACUCAGUAGGCAGCCUUCCUGUCUGGAGUCCCAGGGACUGAAAGACCUAGCUCAGGCCACGACCUUGAUCCAGACUUACAUCCCCCAAGCCUUUCUCAAAGGCAGCAGCAUUCGAGAGCUGACCUAUGCCAUCCCCAAGGAUGCAGACAGGGCCAGCUUCAAGGGGCUCUUCCAGGCCUUGGACCAGAACCUCCAGCAUCUGCACCUGACGGGCUAUGGGCUUGCAGACACCACACUGGAAGAGGUGUUUCUGAUGCUUUUGCAAGAUUCCACAAAACAACCUGACAUUGCCUCGGAGCCAGAGUUGGAGCUAGAGGCCCACAGGCCUGCAGAGAGCACUCCUGACUUCUGUGGAGCUGCUGUGAGGCCUCAGGCUGUGCAGGGUGGACAGCUGCUCAGGGCGCAGGUGGCAGCCCUGCUGAUGAAGCGUCUACACCGCACACGCAGGGCCUGGAAGGCCACGCUAAUCCACAUGCUGCUGCCGGUCCUCUUCGUGGCCUUGGCAAUGGGCCUGUUCAUGGUGAAGCCUUUGGCUAUCGACUACCCUCCCCUCAGACUCACACCUGGCCAUUACGACAGGGCAGAAACGUACUUUUUCAGCAAUGAGUACCAGGACAUGAACCUUACCCACAUGCUUUUGCAGAAUUUUGGAGAUCAGGAUCUGCUCUGUGCUGAUAUAAAUCCAGACCUGGAGAAUUCUUCCUGCUGGCGCAGGGAUACUUUCUCUCACCCAGAAGUCCAGGAUUCAUGCGGCUGUCAGAAAUGUCCAAAUAGAAGCCUCAGGCCCCUCUAUCUGACCAAUCGCCUUGGCCAUACACUGGUGAACCUGUCAGCAUUCCCCCUGGAGGAGUAUUUGCUUGUGCCCAGUGAAAAACCAAGCCUUGGAGGAUGGUCUUUUGGAGUGCAAAUCCCAGCUCAAGUUCAAGAUGCUGAUUCAAAUAUCUCCAAGGCAAAAGCUGUGGCAAAGGUGUGGUAUAACCAGAAAGGUUUCCAUUCCCUACCUUCCUACUUAAAUCAUCUGAACAACCUCAUAUUGUGGCAGUUUUUGCCCCCGGGUGUGGACUGGAGGCAAUAUGGGAUAACACUCUAUAGUCACCCAUAUGGAGGGGCCUUGCUGAAUGAAGACAAAGUCCUGGAAAGCAUCCGUCAGUGUGGCGUUGCCCUCUGCAUCGUGCUAGGUUUCUCCAUCCUCUCUGCAUCUAUCGGGAGCUCCGUGGUGAGGGACAGGGUGACCGGAGCCAAGAGGUUACAGCACAUAAGUGGCCUGGGCUACAGAACAUACUGGUUUACUAACUUCCUGUAUGACAUGCUCUUUUACUUGGUUUCCGUCUGCCUGUGCGUUGCCAUUAUUGUCGCCUUCCAGUUAACGGCUUUUACUUUCCGAGAGAACUUGGCAGCCACGACCCUCCUGCUGGCACUUUUCGGAUAUGCCACUCUUCCGUGGAUGUACCUAAUGUCCAGAAUCUUCUCCAGUUCAGAUGUCGCCUUCAUCUCCUACAUCUCUGUGAACUUCAUCUUUGGUCUCUGCACCAUGCUGAUGACCAUCAUGCCCCGCCUCCUGGCGAUCAUCUCCAAAGCUCAGAAUUUACAGAACAUCUACGAUAUCCUCAAGUGGGUCUUUACAAUUUUCCCUCAGUUCUGCCUGGGUCAGGGGCUGAUCGAACUCUGUUACAAUCAGAUCAAGUAUGACCUGACCCACAACUUCGGCAUUGAUUCCUAUGUGAGUCCUUUUGAGAUGAACUUCCUGGGCUGGAUAUUUGUCCAGCUGGCCUCACAAGGUACCAUCCUUCUCAUCCUGAGGAUUUUUUUGCACUGGGACCUUCUGCAGAAGUCAAGGGGUCAUUCAGCUCUCCAAGGCACUGUCACAGCUUCAAAGGACACAGAUGUUGAGAAAGAACAAAUGCGGGUGUUGAAAGGAAGAACUAACAGAGACAUCCUUGUUUUGUGCAACCUGAGUAAGAGCUACCAAGGCUUCUUCAAGCGAACCACUGCAGUGCAAGACAUUAGUUUGGGCAUACCAAGAGGGGAGUGCUUUGGACUUCUAGGGGCAAAUGGAGCUGGAAAGACCACCACAUUCAAAAUGCUGAAUGGGGAUGUUCUUCCGACCUCUGGCCAUGCCAUCAUCAGGACUCCUAUGGGACAGUAUGUGGACCCUUCUUUAGCCAGUGACUCAGGAGUACGCAUUGGUUACUGCCCCCAGCAGGAUGCCCUGGAUGAGCUCCUGACUGGCUGGGAGAACCUCCAUUACUAUUGCAUCCUACGUGGGAUCCCAAAGCCCUGCAUUGCUGAGGUUGCUGGAGACCUUGUGAAAUGCUUACAUCUAGAAGCCCAUGUGGACAAACUUGUGGCUACCUACAGUGGAGGAACCAAGCGGAAGCUGUCCACAGCCCUGGCCCUGCUUGGCAAACCAGACCUCCUUUUAUUGGAUGAGCCCAGUUCUGGGAUGGAUCCCUGCUCUAAGCGGUACUUGUGGAAAACAAUCAUGAGGGAGGUUCAGGGAGGCUGUGCUGCAGUGCUGACCUCCCACAGCAUGGAAGAAUGUGAGGCUCUUUGCACAAGACUGGCCAUUAUGAUGGAUGGCAGCUUUAGGUGCCUGGGAUCUCCUCAGCACAUUAAAGACAGGUUUGGUGAUGGUUAUACAGUCCGAAUUUGGCUCUCCAAGAAAGCAAAUCAACAUAAUGCUGUGUCUGACUGCUUGAAAGUCUAUUUUCCAGGAAUCCAGUUUAAGGGGCAGCGCGUCAAUUUAUUAGAAUAUCACGUGCCCAAAAGAUGGGAGUGCUUAGCUGAUUUAUUCAAAGUUCUAGAGAACAAUAAGACUAUCUUGAAUAUCAAAUACUACUCCAUUAAUCAAAUCACUUUGGAGCAGGUCUUUAUUAAUUUUGCUACUGAGCAACAGCAAGCUCCACCAUCUGCUUUUGAUCCAUCAGCUGACUGUUACAGCCCAUAUCACCUGCCCGUCUAAGCACUACUGAAGAUCUUUUUAAAAGAAACUUGACUUUUAUUACAUUGAAUAUUCAUAUAUUAAACAAUCAUAUUUGCAGCUCCAGAACAGAGACAGCCAAGUCCCUCCAUACUGCCCUCCUUUCCUUCCUUCCUUCCUUCCUUCAUUCCUUCCUUCCUUUUCCUUCCUUCCUUCCUUCCUUCCUUCCUUCCUUCCUUCCUUCUUUCCUUCCUCCCUUCCUUCCUUCCUUCCUUCCUUCCUUCCUUCCUUCCUUCCUUCCUUCUUUCCUUCCUUUCUCUCUUUCUUUUCUACAUUUCUACAUGGGUUACCACUGGGUCUCAGUACUUGCAGAACUCCACUGACCUCAGUGUCCAUGAUUUCUUUUCUUUCCUCUAAAGAGGGAGUGCAAGAGAAAUAGAAAGAAAGAGAGACAGAAGGAGAUACUCUGCAGUACCAGUCCACUGUAGUGAAGCUUCUGUCCUGUAGAGGCUCCUAUGUGGUGGCAAA